AGAAGGAAGAAGAUGUCAGUAAGAAUAAAAAUAAAGUAUCUGAUAAAGAUUCGAAAUCUGAUAUACCAACAAAUAAUAAAAAGAAGUGUUGUGAAGAUAAGGGAAAGGAGGACGUGAAAGUUAGUUUGACUAAUAAUGAUAAAGAGAAUAUUAGUAGAUUGUGUAGUAAUGGAUAUUGCGGUGGCAAAAAGAAUAAAAUUGAAAGGGAUGAAAACAAGACACUUAUCUGUUACCAAGAUACCAGUAAUAUAGACAAGGACGAAAAGCAGAUACUUGAGCAGAAUUCAGAGCAUAUUGAGGGUGGAGAAUCGUUUGUAGAACCUAAAUCAGAAGAUCAAGAUAGAUUAAUAUUUGACCAAGGGAAACUAAGCAAAAGCAAAGAUCCACUAUCCGAUAUACAUUGUGAUGAAGUUGAUGCCAAAUGUAUACCUGUGGAACCCAAUAGUGAAAAGCACGAGGCUAGCUUUGAUGAAGCCAGGGUAUUUAAGUGGGAUACGAAAGUUGUCGAUGAUGUUAAGUUUUGUAGACAAGCUGAUGUUGGUUACCGAAAGGAUAGUAGAGGUUCGAAUGCGAAUAAUGCAAAAAGCAAAACGUACGAUGAUGUAGUGAAGAAAGGAGAUGGAAACCUGAGAGAUAAAAUAGAA